GUUCAGAUCUCUCAAGACCCAGCUUCAAACACCGGAACUUAGCAAGAAGAAGAAAUAAUGCUAAAUGAUUGUCAUUGUCUGUCUUGUGACUUUAAAUAUUCCAAUCCCAGCUAAUUAAUGGUUCCAAAUGAAUUAUAAUUUGACCAGUGGACCUCUCCAGAUCCAGAAGAUGGGCUGUUAUCAGAAACAUUCAUCGAAUGUGCUACCGCCUCUGAUGACAUUGAUAAAUGCCAUGAAGUCCUUCAGCUCGUAUCCUGCUACUACUACUGGUCCUCAGCCAAGGAUUGCCAAGACCUGGUAAUGGCUGUUGAGGUCUGUCAAGUAGCAUACACAUGUCACUUAUCAUGCUGGUAACAUUGAAAAGGACGAGAUUUCAAUUCCAAUCGUGGGUUGGGAUCAAAUGUACAAUAGGUCUGGGCUUGAAUCCGAACCUGGUCCGCGCCGCAAAUGGGACAAAGGGUGUCCAGCAGCAUGUUCAGAUGUCUACGUUUCCUCUUGUGACAUUGAGAUCUUCCGAAAAGCUCAUGGGUGUGGCUUCUUCUCGCAGAGUCUUUACGGUUUCUUACGAGCAGAAGAUCGCAGUCCUGAACGACAAGAAUGAAAAAAGAGAACUCACCAGACUAAGUCAACUUGUUUGUCUGCUUAACGAACACGUAAUACCUGGACAGCUCCAUGCAGAUGGAACUGGUUAUCAAUAUCCAGCCAACGUAGUCUCCUUGUAUAGGACGUGUCAAGGCCAAGUUAAACUCAAUAAAGCCUUCAUGACUAGAUGUCGGAGACUUUCGCCAGGGGACUCCAUCACGGGGUCCCCAGCCGAUUGUGUUCGAGAAUGGCGGGGGGAUUGAUCUGUGAGCGAAAAAGAGCCAUCAGGGAUUAUGUAUAAUUUUGCAAGUGCUGCC